AUAUCUAGUGUAUGUGUUGGUAGGGAGAUCACGAAGGAUAUAUUUCCGUAUGGGAGUGAUCUAGCAACACGAUCCCGGCUUGUUUGUGAAUACACGUGGUGAAUCGAUAUACAAGAAGGAAGAGUAACAGGAAAUACCGUUAUCAAUAUCGACUAUGUUUCCAGGAUCUCCACAAGUCCGUCCCUCUAUCUCCGGACAAAGGACUGUAUAGACACAUCCUAGUGUGAUAGCUCUCCACAUAAGUCAACAAACACAUUUUCUAAUUUACGGAUAAUAAAUACGUGUAAUGGGUUAAAAUUGACAGAUCAUACCUUGACGUAGCCGGAUAAUUAAACAAGUCCCUCGCGUGUGUACGUCGGACUCGACAGUGUGUAAUGGACUGAGCCGGGUAGAUAAUGAUGGACAUACAGACGUUUAUGUAGGAAGGUAGUGAAACAAACAAGGCCGAUUUAUACCCCACAACUCUACAUUGACAUGACGGCCAGUGUUUCAUCAUCAUCCACACGACAUGCGGACGUGCUUUCAAUAACUUGGAUAUCUAGCCCUCUUCGUCAUUGCCAUGAUACAACGCGCCAAAGUGGACCGAAACAGCGACAUGACUGUACGCAAUAACCAAACACUUUUGUUUCGCCAUGAAAUAUCCAGCCUUGCUCAAACAAAGUCGUCAUCCAAGACAAAUACGGACCACGGGAGAUCACGGACGGGCUGAGCCCACUAAAGAAAAGAUUUAAUGUUUUUUGUAGUAAUCCUGUUAUUUGUAUAAACCGCAGGGUUCACUACUAUGUACACAGCGUAAAUCUUUGAAUACAGGUAUGUUCUUUUUACCUGUCGUGUAUCUAGAUCUGUGAGAGCAAUUAACACAAUCAGACGAGACCAACGUCCAUUGGAUUACGUCGACAUGUCCCUCUGUAGUCUUAAGCAUCGGAUGCUUGAGUAAUGACCACAUGGAUGACCUGUCUGGCGCUAGUCGAACUUAAACUUGUGUAACAGGGGGUUGACGACCCGAAGACCAUCAUACAUCAGUUGUUAAUAGCAAUUCCUAGAAGGUUCAGACUCAAUGGAUUUUCACCUCUUUUAUGGAUUCCUUUGAUUUUUUUUAUUUAUUUAGUUUUUUUUUUUUUUUUUUUGCAAGCGGGGUGACGAGAACUUAACUACAUAGAAAAAUACAGUCUUGCUAUCUCAAUAUAGAUACUCGAUUUACUUUUUCAGUAGGUUAGGCGGACAUGCCACAUUUCCAUGAUGUUUCUUAGAAACCCAUUGGAAACCAUUUUCAGUGUCUUUAAACAAUAACGACAAAGAAAUGGCACAAUAAGAAAAUAGUGAACGCUUCUCACAUUCCAAAAUACAACGUAUCUCGCGUGGCUGACAUAUUGGGAUCAACUCGUCAUCAAACAUAUCGCUUUAAAAUGGCGGCUAUUUCUGCCGUGUUGGUGACAGAUCGUCAGCAACGACCGAAAACGUCUAUAGCAUGCCCUCUACCGCGUGUGGAAGGGGCACCCUCUAAGGACAGUCGCCUCAAUAUCCUCCGCCUCAAAAGGAGAAUCGAUCAGAAAAGGAAAGAAAGGUCACUAACGAUCAAUGAAGUUCCCAUGAUGCUCCUACCGAAGGCAAGUGUCAGAACCGCGUAUGACCUCAUGAACCUUCGCGGGGACGCAUGCGUGAUCCCUGAUCAGGAUUACAAUGCUUUACAUCUGUCAACAUUACAUCCGGAUGCGGAUUACAUGCGCGUGCGACACAAUUCGUCACGAGUGUCAUUUCGGAGUAAGAGUAGAUGCUCCCGACCUUCAUCAAGAAGCGAUUUAGACAGUGGAUUCGGUUCCCUCAGAAGGGGUGUCACUUUCGACGACCUGAGUCUAAGUCAGUCAACAGUGUACAAAUCCAGUGACGAUUUAGACGCGUAUUCUGACGAGGAAGACGUUAAGCAGUCAUCCUCAAUAUCCCCGGAAGAAACAAUGUCUUUCUCCUCCUUUCUUCCUCCAAUUGAUAGUGAUCUACCAGAACAUCUGGACAGCUACGGUGAAACUAUCUCAAUCGCAGAACCUUAUCAUGAAAAAUCCAAGAGAAACAAGUUCUUGGACUCUUGGCGUCGGAGUCGUUCCCGGCCAAUCACGCCCUCGUGCAACAUUGAACCUUGUCAUGAAGACUCGUGUCUGAUUUGUAAGGGUUUCAUGUCCGAAAGGGACCGGAUACAGAAGUGCUUUGGUGGUGUGCAGAAUUUCUUAGACUGGAUAUUUUCAAAAUGGGGAAAGAGACAGGAAUUGAAGAACUUACCCAGGUCCCAUUACCUGUAUGGCCGCGUACACGGAAACACAUCACUGAGUACUUCCUCCAUUUUCCGGGGUCAACAGCCAAAAUUCUGCAACAUUGUCCAACAAGUUCAGCUUCAUGCACGUGACUUGCGGUCACCGACGCCGACACGUCAGAUUGACGAGGAUUAUGACGAUUUUGACUACAUCCGGAAGUCAAUCGACGGCGACAUGCUCAGACGGCGCCGGAAACACAGUGAAACCACCAGUGGUACAGAGGAACAUAGUUAUGAUGACGUGGACCUCAGGAAAGUCGAGCUUCCGAUUGAUGGGGAAGAAGUUGUAGCUGAGAAGGCGGAGCCUGUGUCCGAGGUGAAAACAUCCGGAACAGAAGGCCGACCUACGUCACCGAGUUCUCAGGACGGGGAUCCAAAAAUAGAUGUGACAAUAAUGGGGCUAGAAAAAGCCCCUAGUCCUCCUCUAAGGGGGAACUGGUCUCCUACGGUUACCGAUAUCAAUCCUAAAUCUCCACCGGAGAGUGAGGAUCUGACCAGUCUCCUGGACAACCCUGUGUCGGCCCCAGAAACGAAGACAUCGGAUACACCUACCAGUACUCUGUUUCUUCAGAGCACCGACACAGACCUAGAUGGAACAGGCGGACCUCCAGCACAACCUCCCCCUACCCCGGAAAUCCUAACACCAAAGGAACCUGUUGAGGAGAAACCUGUGACAAAGAGACCCCGAUCCUGUCAUAAGAAAACAAAAGUACCACUCACAAGGACUAGAAAGACGAAGGAGGAGAUGGAGAAGAAAGAAGAGGGACCCCCUAAACAGGAAACCCCUCCUCCACCUCCACCCCAGGAAAAAAGUAAAGAGGAAAAAGACAUCACUGUGAAUAUUGCUGUUCCUGACCUGCCCACAUACCAGAAGGAGGAGAAACAGCGAAAAACCAAGGAGAAACGCAAGUCAGAACGCCACCUGGUGGUCAAACCAAAACUAGAACCCAAGGAUGACCCUGGGGAUGUAUUAGAUGAGGAACUGAAGGCCCGCAUCCGUGAAUUUGAUUGGUCGAAUAUGGAAAUGACUGGUUCCGAGGAAUCCCCGAGGAAACAGCAAAAAGCAGCAUGGGUGACUGGUCGUUUGGCACUCUCUCAGCAAUCUAGUCGGUUUGAACUUCCCAUGGACAUGAGGGUCCUUGAAACUAUGACAACUCAGGAAUACAUCAGAGAAUUCUGUAAAAUUACAAAGAGGCGUCAGAAGCUGUAUUCAGACGUGUUUAGGAGAAACGCUAAACAGAAGGAAAGGAAUGUAUACAUAAUUCCCUUCAAGGACUUGAGAAAGGCUCUGAUGGAUGUCCUGGUCAACACGUUGACAGAUGACCACUUCACCAUGCUGGUUGACCACAUGAACUUCUCUACUGAUGCAGAGAUUGACCUGGUGUUGUUUUCUGCCUUGUCAGCCUUAGCAGAACGUCUCAUGUACCCAGAGUUUGUAACACAGGAGACUGUUGACAUGCCGGACUACAUGAAGGAGAAGAUUGAGUGUGCAGACUUUGGGGCUCUCAGGUGGAAGAUGCAAGGAGUAAAUGUCAGUCCAGCCAUAAAGAAACUACUGCUGCAACUCAGCUGAUGAUUGGGAAACACUGGUCGCCUUGGCAAUAUGAUACUGAUUGUAGGGAACUCCUCAUCAGCAGGGAAGUUAGCCCAGCUUAUCAAAACUUGUGACACCAGAAUGUUACUUAGCUCUCCUCAUGGUUACAGCAAACAGACUAAAGUGUUGGGAAGUUUACUAACUGUUAUUGAGAUAUAAAUGCGUUCCCUAGCAACAGGACUGGGCAGCCCUGCUGAAGUGCUGUAUGUCUUUGCAACUACAUGUCUGUGCUACCAACUGUGCUGGACAUCGGUGUAGAAGUGCUGAACCUUUAAUUACCGUCAGUAAAAGACAUCUCUAGUGUUUCUAGAUGAAAGACUUGAAUUAGGAACCUCAGUAAAAUGGAUAUAGAUGUCUAUGUGUAAUUGUUGUCACAUUGAAGGUUUGAAAUGCUAUUCUUAAUGACACUGGGAUAUGUUAAAGAUGCUGGAUGAUAAUGUUUAGUAUUGGAAUAAUGGUCUUUCCAUACUGAUGCAUUAACACACUUGAUUGUAGGUGUAAGAAUUACAGCUGUUUAUACUACCGCAGAACGUUGUCAGGUACAGGACUUUAUUUAGUCAGACAUCUGUAUAUUAUACAGACUUUACAGUUUAAUGAUGAUUUCAGUGCUGAACUUAUGUAAAGGUGGCAUUGUCCCUGUACAACCAACACUGUACAUGUAUUAUAACACUUAACUCUGUUUGGAAUCCCUAAAGGAAAGAUAUUUGAUGAUCUGAUUGUAUAAAAGGAAAUAGAGUUGUUUCCCCUUAAUUUUUCAUGUGAAAAAGAAAAUAUGUAGCUAUUGUAAUAGACACAGUUGUCUUCCUUGGAUUACAUCAUCUAGUGUGAAGGGGAUUUAGUCAGCCCCUCCAUUUUAAUUUAUUUCUCAUUAUUGAAGAAUGGAAACAUGGAUGUCUCAGGCCGAUGGCUGCUACACCAUGGCAAAUAUAUUUCCCUUUCUUUGUGAUAAAUUAAUUUAAAGGGAAUCCAUUUAAAAUAUUGCUUACUUUUAAAGGAAAGUAAACACAAAUGAUUGUUUUUGUAAUUGGGAUAGCAAUAUCCUUGUAUCAAAAAAUAGUUUUUAAGAGUACCGGUGUAGUAUGGUAAAGUGAAGCCCAUGGUAAAGUGGUGCUCUUUACCAUUAUGGUAUGGUGACCCCAGUUUAUUUCACCAUGCUUCAAAUUACCAUGCCACACCGGUAGUUAAGGGAUGUGUUGGUAUGUAGUACACCUUGUUAAUACAAUAGAUUUAGCCCAGUGCUGGGUGUACUAGGAGAUAAAAUGAAGAUUAAACAUCAUCCAAAGACAACUAUUUACUUAAUUCAUAUUCAACCCCAAUGACAAGUUUACAUUGAUUUAGAUUCAUAUUAUAUAGCUAGGUUUUAAAGGAAAUAAACGUAUAAUAUUCAUUGGGCAGAUCAUUAUUAAAAUAAAAAAAUGAAAUGUAGUUAAUGUAUAUCAAGUUAGUUGAGAUGUGGUCUUAGUAAAUUAUGGACAGCUGCAUUGUUACUGAAUGAGAAACCUUAUGUUGUUUCAUUAUGUUUUAUCAAUAUUGAUACAUGUAUAUGUAUUACUGAAAUGACUACUUGCAAUCUUAUAACAUUUGAUCAUAUUUCGUACAUAUACUGCCUUGUACACAUAAAACACCCCAAUGUCUGUUCUACUCUACCAUCCUACGUUAUAUAUUUUUAUCAUUACAAGCCAAGCUGUGAUAUGAUGCUUUAACAUGACUAUACUUAACUCUCCUGAGAUUAAAUGUAUAUUUAUCAUAAUAUCAA